AUGGGUUUCGUGAACUGCGAACGUGCAAUGGAGCAGCUUCGGGGAUUUCACAAAAGCAACUAUAAUCGUGCGAAGAACGGUCUCGUUGGUACAGAUUGGGCGGUCCCUUUGGUGGACAAUGCGUUUGGCAUCGGGAAAACAAGGUUUGGCGCCGAGUACAUUCGGAGAUGUCGACAAUUGUGGGCUGCUGACCCCAAUCAAGUGGACGACAGUUUCCUGGGCACGUUAAGCAAGUGCCACACGAUCCACAUUCAGUUUUCCCCAACGGAUCUCCUGGAUGCCGAGUCGGAGUUUAAUUUUGUGAAGGCCGUCGCUGCCUUCGUGAGGCACGUCUGUCGUGUAUUCGAGCUCAAGUACGGCGGGUUGCCUCGUGCUCUCAGCCCCAAGUCGCUGGAAGACCGCACGAGCCUUGACCUUGUUUUCGCGUAUUUGACGGACGAAGUGGGCCCACUGUUGAUCUUAAUUGACGACAUUGGCGCGGCAUUUGGCGAUGACAAGCUUGAUGACGUUGGGAAACGCAAAUGCCUCAGGAAGUUCUGCAUAAACAUUCUGAAGCCGAUAUUCUCGAUCCAUAGGCUGUUUUUCUUGAUUGCUGGCAGUGCCCCGUUCCUGAGCAAUGCGACUCUGGCAGAUGGCUCGAUCAGCAGUGCUAGGGUAAGUUUUCGAGGGCGCAAGCAGCAGCAGAUCACAGGCUGA